AUGGUACUUGCCUCUCCUGUUGCUCCCGUUCCCAACCGCGCCUCCUUUUUUCCUCCUGACCAUGUUCUCCUCGUUGCACUCUUCACUUCUUCCUGUUACUGGGCUCCCACACCGCUUGACAUUCCCUCCUACGCACUCGAGAGCAUAUACCCAUCACUCACGACUUCUCGGCCUACGAUCGAUCUGCAAUCUCUUCUCAAUGCAUCCCAGCCAGCGCCUACAUCAUCCGAUGCUGCCCUUACUCCGCGAGUGACGUAUUCUGCUCGGCUUGAAAGACCUAAACGAUGUUGGUGCUCUCCUCAAAAUAUAUUCGAACCGUUUAAUACGACAAGGUGGGAACAACGAGCUAGCGUAUUGGUAUUUGUGAAGCAAGGGCUUUGGGACUGGCUGGUCGAGCAAGAGGAAUCAGACCAGACGAAGAAUACAACCACAUCCCACCAAACCACCAGCUCGGAGCAAAUCGAUGGGUCUUCCACUCCUACCGUAUCUCCGACCUCGGCCACUACAACCCCGACGUCGUGGCGCACGAAAUGGAACGCACUGAGCUCUUAUUUUUCGUCUCGUUCUGCCGAACAAAAGAGCGAUCCUACACCUAAAGCUAAACCGGACAGCAAGAUCAAACAGCCUGUACGCGCGCCGUUGGAAGUUCCUAAACCCAAGCAUACGCCUACUGCGACUGCGAUCCCUACAGCUACUCCUACCGAAACAGCGCCGGCCCGGACUUUGGCUUCGGUCAGCCCAGACAAGGGACAGGAAAACCUUGCUUGGUGGCAGAAGCAGUAUGACUUACGACCAUAUGGAGGUGGAGUAGUUGUGGACUUCAAAUGGGGCCGAGUUUAG